AUCUUGUUUGUCAAUCAACAUUCAAAAAAUUGUUAAAUUUAGGUUUUGCCUUCCCCCAAAAAUUUGAUCAUCAUUACAAAAACAUAAUACCCUUUGUUCACAAGAAUGAACCACACACAUUGACAUACACCCAUCAAAAACACAAUACAACACAGCUCAAAAACAUCUUCGUCAUUUCUCCCUCUUUGUGCGGUUGCCGGUGAAAAAACCUCAUCGUUUUCUCUUUAAGUUGAUUGAGCUGAUAGAGAAGAUACGAAAUGGAUCGUAAAGUGAUCGAACUGGAGCAAGGAUGGGAGUUCAUGGGGAAGGGAAUUACAAAGUUGAAGAGGAUUCUAGAAGGAUUAGACGAGCCUCCAUUUAACUCUGAAGACUACAUGAUGCUUUACACGACAAUAUACAACAUGUGUACUCAGAAACCACCUCAUGAUUAUUCUCAACAGCUUUAUGACAAUUACCGACAGGCAUUUGUGGAUUACAUUAACUCAACGGUUCUACCUUCUUUACGAGAAAAACAUGAUGAGUUUAUGUUGAGAGAACUCGUGAAGAGAUGGUCAAAUCAUAAAGUGAUGGUCAGGUGGUUGUCUCGCUUCUUUCAUUAUCUGGAUCGGUACUUUAUUGCUCGGAGGUCGCUUCCUUCUCUUAAUGAAGUUGGAUUGACUUGCUUUCGUGAUUUGGUUUAUCAAGAAAUAUCAGGCAAAGCAAAGGAUGCUGUUAUAGCUCUGAUUGAUGUAGAAAGAGAGGGAGGUCAAAUUGACCGAGCAUUAUUGAAGAAUGUACUCGAUAUAUAUGUUGAAAUUGGAAUGGGACAAAUGGAUCACUACGAAAAGGACUUCGAAGCACAUAUGCUGCAUGAUACCGCUUCUUACUACUCGCGCAAAGCCUCAAGCUGGAUCCUAGAAGACUCGUGUCCAGAAUACAUGCUGAAGUCUGAAGAAUGUUUGAAGAAAGAGAAGGAUAGAGUGGCUCAUUAUUUACAUUCGAGCAGUGAACCGAAGCUUCUAGAGAAGGUGCAAAAUGAGUUGCUAUUGGUUUAUGAAAACCAGCUAUUAGAGAAGGAGAAUUCUGGAUGUCGUGCUCUAUUGAAAGAUGACAAGGUGGAAGAUCUUUCUAGAAUGUACAGACUUUACAGUAAGGUUACCAAAGGGUUGGAACCCAUUGGCAGUAUCUUCAAACAGCAUAUAACUGAUGAAGGGACGGCCUUAGUGCAGCAGGCUGAAGAUGCUGCAAUGAGCAAGGCUGAAAAUUCUGGCGGCUCGCAUGAGCAGGUUUUUGUCAGGAAAGUGAUUGAGUUGCAUGACAAGUUCAUGACUUACGUCACUGAUUGUUUUAACAGCCAUACAAUCUUUCACAAGGCUCUCAAGGAAGCCUUUGAGGUAUUCUUGAAUAAGGGUGUUGCUGGUAGUUCAAGUGCUGAACUGUUGGCUACAUUCUGUGAUAAUAUUCUCAAGAAGGGUGGUAGUGAAAAAUUAAGCGAUGAGGCUAUUGAGGAUUCACUUGAGAAGGUGGUGAAGCUUCUAGCAUAUGUCAGUGACAAAGAUCUGUUUGCUGAAUUCUAUAGAAAGAAGCUCUCUCGUCGGCUACUCUUUGACAAGAGUGCUAAUGAUGAUCAUGAGAGAAGUAUUCUAACGAAAUUGAAGCAGCAGUGUGGGGGACAGUUUACGUCGAAGAUGGAGGGGAUGGUGACAGACUUGACAUUGGCGAGGGAAAACCAGACUAAUUUUGAAGAAUAUCUUGGACAGAAUCCAGAUGCUAGCCCUGGUCUUGAUUUGACCGUGACGGUUCUGACAACCGGGUUCUGGCCAAGUUACAAAUCUUCUGAUCUUAACCUUCCUGCUGAGAUGGUAAGGUGUGUUGAAGUUUUCAAGCAGUUUUAUCAAACUAAAACAAAACAUAGGAAGCUGACCUGGGUUUACUCAUUGGGAAGUUGUAAUAUUAAUGGAAAAUUUGGUCAGAAAACAAUUGAAUUGGUCGUUGGAACUUACCAGGCUGCUGCUUUGAUGCUUUUUAAUACAUCAGAUCGAUUGAGUUAUUCCGAAAUUGCUACUCAACUAAACUUAGCUGAUGAAGACUUGGUCAGAGUGCUUCAAUCAUUAUCUUGCGCGAAAUAUAAGAUUCUUCUGAAAGAGCCAAGCUCAAGAACCGUGUCCGCAACUGAUUAUUUUUCAUUCAACUCUAGUUUUACAGACAGAAUGAGGAGGAUUAGGAUUCCUCUUCCUCCAAUGGACGAAAGAAAAAAGGUUGUUGAGGAUGUUGACAAAGAUAGAAGAUAUGCUAUUGAUGCCUCUAUUGUACGGAUUAUGAAAAGUAGAAAGGUUUUGGGGUAUCAGCAAUUAAUCACAGAGUGUGUGGAGCAGCUUAGCCGUAUGUUUAAGCCUGAUUUCAAGGCAAUUAAGAAGAGGAUCGAGGAUUUGAUCACCAGAGAUUACAUCGAAAGAGACAAGGAGAACCCACAACUAUUCCGGUACUUGGCUUGAUCAUAUGCUCGUGUUUAUACGAGCUUACUAUUCGGUGUUUACUUCGGUAUCAAUGUCAUAAUGCUAAAUUGUCGAGAUUAAGUUAUGAUGUACAGAACUUCCGGUUUCAAUGAGUUAAAAUUCGUAGUAAAACAUAAUUUUUUGGGGCUCAUGCAAUCUAAGAAACCAAAUAGACGACGUUUGUCAAUUUGAGUAAGCUGUUUAGCUCAAAUGUUGCUUUGUGAAGUAAGAUUAUCCAGAAUUUGGAUGUAUGUGAGAUGAUGUAUAAUGUAUUUUCUUUGUAUUCUCCUCAUACUAUUUUAAGUUCUUCGUA